AUGCUGUCGCUGCCAUCGAACCACACCACAAACCCCGUCGAGGUCCAUGCUCUGGCCACCGGUGAACUCAACCACCCUGAUCGGUGGCUUUUCGAAGAUGGCGACGAAGACGUGAUGGGCGCCCGACACCCCUAUCCCGACUUCAGUUUCUUGAUACGGCAUUCUUCGGGAAAGAAUGAUUUUGAUCAAGUGCCCGAGUUGAUCCGAAGCCUGUUUCAUGUCAUACAGCCGUCUGUGGCGGAAGACCCUGUCGACAUCUUGUCGCGGGGCCCGGUAUCACCGUCGAGCAUCGACGCCGUGGUCUUCAGCCACGUCCACUUUGACCACAUUGGCGACCCGACCAAGUUCCCGCAGGCCGAGAUGAUUGUCGGGCCCGGCGCCACAGCGGCCAACGGUGAAGGGUGGCCGGUGAACCCCAAAUCCCCGUUUUCCAGUUUCGUGGUGCAACACCCCAAACUCCGGGAGUUGAGCUUCGACAAGGAAACGUGGGCCCCGCUUGGCCCAUUCGAUCGCGCAUACGACUUCUUUGGGGACGGCAGCUUCUACCUGAUCGACACACCGGGCCACAUGCCGGGCCACCUGGGCGGCCUGGCGCUGACGGGGCCCGACGAAUGGGUCUUCAUGGGAGGCGACUGCUGCCACCACCGCUCCAUCCUAGUGGGCAGCCGUCCGAUGAGUGUGACGUCGGGACCGAUGGGGCGGUGCUUCCACAGUGACCCGAAGGUCGCGGGUGAGACGUUGGAGAAGAUCCGCCAGGUCGAGAAGUCGGACAGUGUCUUUGUCGCUCUGGCGCACGAUUCGUUCUUGGUCGGCACCAUGCCGCAGUAUCCCCAGAGCUUGAACGGGUGGUCUCAGAGCGGAUGGAGUAAGGAUCUCCAGGGUGUCCUGAGUCGACAUUACAAAUCUUAA